CUCUUCUCUCGCUCUUAAAUUUCUGCAACAUAAAAAGGCAACGCAAACGGAUUUUCAGGUGAAAUUAUGCUAGAUUGCGAGAAUCAUCCGCCAUUGAUUUUUUGAGAUUCACCCGUGGCGUGGUAAACUUGACCACGUAAAUAUAUAGUGUUCUAAUUGGGGUGAUUGAAAAAUGGCUAAUGGAGAAGUUAGAAAAGUCUCCCUACAUGAUAUACAUGUGGUUCAAAAUCUUAUCGAAAGAUGCCUUAAGCUUUAUAUGAGCCACAGGGAAGUUGUGCAUACACUGUACCACCAGGCAAAAAUCGAGCCUGGUUUUACUGAACUUGUGUGGCAAAAACUUGAAGCAGAAAAUCAGGAAUUUUUUAGGGCAUAUGAUAUGAAGCUGACUGUGAAAGAUCAAAUACUACAAUUCAAUCAAUUGCUUGAGAAACAGGUUGAGGUAAUGCAGCAGAUAACUCAUAACGGAUCUUCAUUGACUCCUCAAUCCAAUGGAUCGCAGACUCAGCAUUCAACACACAACAACUCAGCUUACAGAGACCCACAACCUCAUAUGCCAUCUAUAACGUCGGAAAACAUGCACCAUACAGACGGAUCUUACUCACUUCAACAACUUAUGCAAGUUGCAGCGAAUAUGCCGAGGCAUGAUGGAAGGAUGGAUUUUCAUCCCCCACUGCCGAUGGUUCAGAACUCAAACGCAGGAGCAGCAAUGCAAGGAUUCAACGAGAGGAAAAUCAAAACUGAAGGUGUCCAUGCAGGAAAUUCUGCAUCAAUGUUUAUUUCUGAAACUAACUAUGCAGAAUCACAAAAUGCAAUUAGAGAAACAUCAAUCACUCCAUUCAAUGGCGGAGAAUCCUGCUCACAAUCGUUCAACGAGUCCAUGAUGGAGACGGAGAUGAACUCAUUCGGUGUGGAAAAAAUUACUCAAAACAUUAAUUCAACAGGCUUGACAGCCAAUUCUUAUAAUAGUACGGAUGUAUUAGAGAACUAUUCUAGAUCCCCAUACGUGGGAACUAACAGGAUCUCCUUGGAUCCUUAUAUCAGGGCACAAGACCAAGACUAUACGAGGACAGAGACUAUGUCAGAGGACUCUACUUACAAAGGUUUUGGCACUAAUUGAGGAAAUUCUUACAUAAGGCACAUCUUACUCAUGCAGGACGCGAAGCAAAGAGCCCAAGGCCAACAUUGCAGAGAGAGUUAUGAUUGCAUAAUGGAGGACGUAUAUGUUUAUAUAAAUCUUUCAUUUCUAAAUAUUGGCCUUCUUGACUGAUAACAGUAGAUGUUUAAAAGUUGGAUUCCCCAAUCUUGUUUGUAUCGUAUUAUGGCUAAUUUUGUUAUCGUUAUUGCUUCAUAAAUAGAAAAUGCCCAAAAAAUGUAAACAAAAUAUGUUCUCUUUUUAGAACCUUUCAUUAGUGUUGACCAUAUUUCUUUUUGGAUGUUACA